AUGUUUGGUGGCUACAGCUGGAUUCCAGAGACCGCCUCGUCAUCCCAUGGCGCUGUUCACGAUGGUGAUCUAGAUCUGUUUCUCAAGCUUCGGAACGCAGGAGCUGUUCCCGAGAUUGGAUUUGGAUACUUGGCUGAAAGCUGCCAAGUGUGGGAAUAUCGACGGAGCAAAGAAGCUAUUGGAAAAUGGAGCCAACCUUCAACUCUUCGUCCUCUCUUGUUUUGCUCCGGCCAUUGUGAUGUUGCAAAGGCAAUUGUAGAAGUUGUGAAAGCUCGCUGGUCCCGUGAGAACAACGAUGAGGUCCGUUAUAGGAUCAAGCAAGAUCAGCAAGGCGACGAGGAUGGCUAUUACAGCGACGGCGAAACUGAGGGAUCAGAGGGCGAGCCACAGCUUGAAUCCUGGGUUGUUGGCAAGGACUUCACUAUUGAGGAUGUUGGCCACAUUUCCAUGCAGGUCAAGUCGCACGUUACUCCAGUGCGGCAUCUCUGUGAUAACGUGUCGACAUUCGGUGUGAAGGAGGGUAAAGCUUCGAAAACUGGGUGGCGUUACCGCACACUCUUCCGGCAUGUGGUGGAAUUGAAGUGCCAUCAGAUUGAAAUCACUGGAGAACGGAAAGAUGCAUGUCAUGGUGGAAAGCGAAAUGUAAAGAGUGAUUUCGCCACGAGGGAGUUGGCAGCGUUGCCAGAAGAGGAAAAAGAGGAAGAGGCUGACGAGAAGGACGAGGAUACCGACGGUGAGCAGUGGUCUGACACGGGACGAUGA